AUGCAGUCGUUGCCGGCGCGUGAGGACAAUAAAAAUGCAAACCCAGUCUCCACCUCAACUUUCGUCAGUGCCGACUACUUCGUCCAACCAUCCGCCAUCAGUGACGGCUACCCUACCUACCCUCGCUCCCGCUCCAGCCCGGAGCUCCCUACCUACCCUCGCUCCCUCUUCAGCCCAAAGAUACCUACCUAUCCUCGCUCCCGCCUCGCCCCGAAACUCCCUACCUAUGCUUGCUCCCUCUUCAGUCCGAAGCCCCUCUUCUACACAUAG